AUUGCGACCAGACGUGCAAAAAAUUCAGAAACCUAUAUCUGAAAUUUCAACAUGAAAUUGAAAGUAAUACUUACUCAUUGCACUGCCUACAAAGCAAGAAGGUUUAAUCCUUACAAGAGACCAAGACCCAGACUUCUACCAAGGAGGACAGCUGAUGUUGACCAUGAUCUUCCACAGUCCGAUAUCGGGCUGGAAAAAUGCUGCUCUUCUGGGAAAGAUAUGAUGUUCGUCAACAGCAACACAGAAGGGACACAGACACUGUAUCCUUUGGAGAAAGGCUUUAGCAAGGCAGACCAGUCUUCCCUUGGUGAUGAUUUAGCGACCAAACUGUCCGAUAGCUUAGUGGGAGGAAACACUGAGGAUGACUGUGUUAUUAUUGGAUACUACCCGGCUGGGAGCGACACGCCAUCUGAUCUACAGGACAAAGAUAUCGGUAAUAGCCAACAUAAGGUCAAAGAUAUCGGGAAUAGCCAACAUAAGGACAAAGAUGUGGAUCCUACGCUCUUAUUGGGAUCUGAAAAGAAGGAUUCCUCAUCAGUCAGUGAUGGCGAAGCAGCUGACAUUGCUGGCAAGGAGGGACCGUCAAGGGAGCCACGAUGUGAUACUUUGGACUUCUUGUUCACACAUUCAGAGGUUGACGAGUCCAACAAGAAAUACCGGACAUGGUCAGAACUGGAGACCUCAGAGGGCAAAACUAAUUCACCUCCUCCAAGAGAAAGCUAUAUACCCACUGAUCAGGCGUGGUGGUAUGCACAGAAUGUCAUCGCCAUAGGCUCCCAGUUGACACGGUUAGUCAAUGAAUCAGAAACACGGAGAAUGGUCCCUACAGAGGAGUACCCCACUCAUGUGUGUGAGUGGUUGGCUGGGGUUGACUUCAGACACGAGUGUGUGAGACAAAAGAUAGACUACACACGACCCCGACCCAAAAGUCCGCGAGAAAAACCAGGCUUCUGUGCCAGACACCGGCCUUAUGUGAGAAAAACUCGUAACCACAGAGAAGCUUUAGCUAAUGUAGGUCGCGUGGACCUCAACAGAGUGCAGUUUAUUAAUAAUUUCUAAACAGAAUUUAGAUUAGAACAAUUCCAUAUAUGUGAAGAUGGCAAACUCCUACAAAAUGGGACAAGUGCAAUUUCAAAAAUGACAUUUGCAAUUAUAUUAUAUUAUACCAGUAUUAUCAGUGUCAAAUAAGCAAAAUCAUGUUAUGAUCUAUUGUUUCUUAAAGAAAAUAAACGUCCC